AUGGCUAUUCAAGACGGAUUCACCCUCGUGGUUAUGGGCGCCGGUGUCAUGGGCUCGGCGUUCACUUCCGCCAUCCUCAAUUCCUCGAUCAAGCCAUUCCCCGGCAAAAUCCACUUGUGCGUCCACGACGGCGCCAACACCGACUCCUUGAGAGAAACGUACCCACAGGAGUUUGUGCACGUGUGGAACGACGUCGAGAGCAGAAACAAGGCUGUUGCCGAGGCUGACGUCAUCAUUUUGGGAUGCAAGCCAUUCCACUACAAGUCCAUCCACGAGGAGCUCAAGGGAUCUUUGGGCCACAAGCCAUUGCUUCUCUCGUUGUUGGCCGGUAUCACCAUCGAGCAAUUGAGCAUCUUCACCCCCAACGUGGCUCGUAUCAUGACCAACACUCCUGCCAGAUACGGCUGUGGUAUGGCCACUGUAGCAUUCACUCCAGGCACCGACUCCGAGAAGAAGGAUCUCGUGUUGAAGCUUGCCGGCACUCUUGGAACCGCCAUGGAGAUUCCAGAGAAAAACAUGGACGCUGCCACUGCAUUGGUGGGUUCUGGCCCUGCCUUCUGUUUGCUCAUGAUGGAGGCAUUGUACGAUGGAGGUGUCCGCAUGGGCCUUCAACAUGACGUUGCAAGAACUGCCGCAGCCAAGGUCAUGGAGGGUACCGCCAAGAUGGUGUUGGAGACCGGCGAGCAUCCUGCCGUGUUGAAGAGUUUGGUGUGUACCCCUGGCGGAACCACCAUUGGUGGAUUGUUGAAGAUGGAGGACAGCGGUGUGAGAGGUGCCAUUUCUAGAGCUGUGGAGGAGGCUGCUGAGAUUUCUGCUUCGUUCUCCAAGUAA